AACUCCUACUCACCCAGGCGCCCUGAAGUCCUGGGAGCGGUGAGGGGGGCAUAGGAGCUGGAGGCAGUGGGGGUGGGGGCCAGCAGGCAAUGCGGGUGCCUUUUAUUCGGCGUGGCACUGACCUAGGCACACUGUUCUCAUCACCACUCCUCCACAGAACCUUCUGGAGUGGAUGUCAGUGUCUUCAUUUUACAAAGGAGAAAAAGUGAAGCUCUGAGAGGAAGUGACUUGCCCAGGGUCGCACAUAAGAGCCACACCUGGGAUUCCAGUCCUCCCCCCAGGGCUCCAGAGCCCUUCUCUACUUCUGACCCUGCUGAGCAUGGGCCUAUAGAUGGUGGGAGCCAGACUGGAAGACUGAGUCCUGGAAAGGGGAAGUCAGUCACCAGGGGCACAUCAGGGGCAGAGUGGGACAGGGGCAGAGUUGGCCAUGUACCCCAUGCCAGGGACCUCCCAGUCACUUGCCCCCUGCCCAGGGCGCUGCCAAAGCUGGACAGGCUAAGCCAGAGGCAAGGCAGGGGUGCCAGCCCUUUACCCAGGGCCAGAGGGAGACCAGGAGGAGGAGCCUGAGCUGGUUGGCACCUUCUCCCUAUCCAAGCUCUCCGUCCAGUCCCAAGUGACCUUUCCCCCAGAUCCCAGGGUCCAGGCCCGCCCUCGGCUGGCAGGUGUGAGCACAGAAGCAGCUGGGAUUGGUCACAGCCGGUGGAGGCGUGUCUCAGGCUCCAGCAGACCACUGGAACAGCUGAGCAGAGCAGGUGGACUGCUGAGAUAGACCAGGGACUCCAGGCAGCCACAGGACUGUCAGACCAGGACUCUUACCCUCUAGACAUGGCCUCAGGCCCCUGCAAACCCCGGCCCCGUGGCCCUGCGAGGUUACAGACAGCCUAAACGCCACCACCACAGGGCCUGUGCCAUGCACCUGGCCCGGGCACAGAAGGCCACUGGCGCGGAGGCUGUGGAGACAGUCCCCCCAGCAGUGGACCUGGUGCUGGGUGCCUCGGCCUGCUGCCUGGCCUGUGUCUUCACCAACCCCCUGGAGGUGGUGAAGACACGACUGCAGCUGCAGGGGGAGCUGCAGGCCCGGGGCACCUACCCACAGCCCUACCGGGGCUUCAUGGCCUCUGUCGCUGCUGUGGCCCGAGCAGACGGGCUGUGGGGCCUGCAGAAGGGGCUGGCUGCUGGCCUUCUGUACCAAGGCCUCAUGAACGGCGUUCGUUUCUACUGCUACAGCCUGGCAUGCCAGGCUGGCCUCACGCAGCAACCAGGUGGCACCGUGGUUGCAGGAGCUGUGGCAGGAGCACUGGGAGCCUUCGUGGGGAGCCCUGCUUACCUGAUCAAAACACAGCUACAAGCCCAGACAGUGGCCGCGAUGGCUGUGGGACACCAGCACAAUCACCAGACUGUCCUGGGUGCCUUGGAGACCAUCUGGCGGCAGCAAGGGCUGCUGGGGCUGUGGCAGGGCGUUGGUGGGGCUGUGCCCCGAGUCAUGGUGGGCUCAGCUGCCCAGCUGGCCACCUUCACCUCUGCCAAGGCCUGGGUGCAGAAGCAACAGUGGCUCCCGGAGGACAGCUGGCUGGUGGCCCUGGCGGGAGGCAUGAUUAGCAGCAUAGCCGUGGUUGUCGCCAUGACCCCCUUCGAUGUGGUCAGCACACGGCUAUACAAUCAGCCGGUGGACAGAGCUGGCAGGGGCCAGCUCUAUGGGGGCCUCACCGACUGCAUGGUGAAGAUCUGGCGGCAAGAGGGACCCCUGGCGCUCUACAAGGGCCUGGGCCCCGCCUACCUGCGCCUGGGUCCCCAUACUAUCCUCAGCAUGCUCUUCUGGGACGAGCUUCGGAAACUGGCUGGGCGGGCCCAGCACCAGGGCACCUAGACAGCGGCCCUCACUCCCACAUCCUGACAUGGCUCGGCACUUGGCCGGAAGUGAGGGCCUGCUCCAGCACAACUGGCUGUCCCAGGGCGGGCAUGGGCCCGGGCCUUGCCAGAGGCCCCGGGAGAGUGUGGACAGCUCUGGUCCACCCAGCCCCUUGGCCCACCCAGGGCCAGAGCAUCCACUCCAAGUUACCACCCAUUCUAUCUUCCAGACAGUUCUCUUCCUUCUCUGUACAGUGUACUGGGUCACCGCAUCCCAGAGCCUUACUCAGUUAUAGCAACUGCUGCAGGCAUGCACACGGCAUAGGCCCAGUAACUUACACACAUCGGCUCACUUAGGCCUCAGACAGCAGCGCGAGGCCGGCACUUUUACCUCUUUUACCAUCAGAAAGCCAAGGCUGAGAGUGGUGAUGUGGCUUUGACCACAGCCACACAAUUUUGAAGUGGCAGAGCCAAGACUGGAGCUUAGCCCUGCUCACCCCAGACCUAUGCGCUUGACAAGUGCGUGACUGUGACAGACCCAUGGGUCCGGACUGCUCGUAGGGGUCGCUGUGCCAUGGCAAGAGCUGGGGUGCACCAGGAGGCUGUGGCAUCGUCACCUGCCUUAUUUGCCGGGGCAUCUGUAGCAAAGAACCACAUACGGGGCAACUUAGAGAAUAGGAAUGUAUUUUCUCACGGUUCUGGAGGCUGGAUGCUGGAGACCAAGCUGUCAGCAGGCUGGUUUCUUCGGAGGCUUCUGUCCGUGGCUUGCAGAUGCCGCCUUCUCCCUGUGUCUGCACAUGGUGGUCCCUUGAUGUGCGUCUGGGUCCUGAUCUCCUCCUCUUAUAAGGACACAAAUCAUGUUGGCUUAGGGCCCGCCCUCAUGACCCCACUUUAAUUUUUUUUUUUUUUUUUUUGAGAUGAAGUCUCGCUCUGUCACCCAAGCUGGAGUGCAGAGGCAUGAUCUCAGUUCACUGCAACCUUGGCCUCCCAGGUUCAAGCAAUUCUCCUGCCUCAGCCUCCCGAGUAGCUGGGACUACAGGUGCCUGCCACCACACCUGGCUAAUUUUUGUAUCUUUAGUAGAGACGGGGUUUCGCCAUGUUGGCCAGACUGGUCUCGAACUCCUGACCUCAAGUGAUCCACUGGCCUCAGCCUCCCAAAGUGCUGGGAUUACAGGCAUGAGCCACCUCAUUUGGCCCAAUUUUAACUUAAUUAUCUCUGUCAAGAGCCUAUCUCCAUAUGCAGUCACAUCCUGAGCUACUAGGGGGUAGGACUUCAACAUGCACAUUUGCAGGGGCCGCAGUUCAGCCACCAUCAUCUCUCUUUUUUUUUUUUUUUUUUGAGAUGGAAUCUCGCUCUGUUGCUCAGGCUGGAGUGCAGUGGUGCAAUCUCGGCUCACCACAACCUCCACCUCCCAGGUUCAAGUGAUUCUCCUGCCUCAGCCUCCCGAGUUGCUGGGACUACAGGCGUGCACCACCAUGCCCAGCUAAUUUUGCAUUUUUAGUAGAGAUGGGCUUUCACUGUGUCGGCCAGGUGCCUCUUGAACUCUUGACCUUGCUGCUCACCUCAGCCUCCCAAAGUGCUGGGAUUACAGGUGUGAGCCACCAAGCCCGGCCUCAGCCAACAUCAUCUAAGGGCUCUCACGGAAGGCCUCCCAGCAGCCCGCACUGUGGGCAUUUGCACCUAUCCUGACAAGCCUGAAAGGAACUCUGAGUGCCCAUUGUUCAGAUGAGGGUACUGAGGCCCGGGAAAGGGAAGCAAUGUGGCAGGGCCAGCAGCAGACCCUGGGCCCUUUCUCUAGACUGAGCACCACUCCCCAUGGGUGUGCUCUCAACGCUGCACAAACCUUCACACUGCAGAGAUGGACACCAACUCCCUGGCAGGGGCAGCACUGCUGCCAAGCAGCCCCACCUGCCCUCCCAGCCACACCCCAAGUCUGUAAGGGUUGUUCCCAGGAACACCUGCUACUGCACACUCCAAACCAAUAAAGUUUUAUAUUUUGUUUACUUCA